AUGAUCUCGUUGAAAUCAUACUAUACAGAAUAUGAAAUCAUACUAUACAUGAUACCUCUCUAUCUGUUUGAAGCAGAUGUGAACUCUGCCGAGAUACGCCGCAAGCCUGCCACUGGCGCCGGUGUAUUUCGCAAUCCCAACCAAAAAGCGACACCUGUCCACCGCGAUGAACGGGGAACGGGCGAGUUGCGAGCGGGAAGAACGCGACUUGUCGCGUUGAGGACCGUGACGUGGCCGAAAGGUCGCGUUGGCGACUCGCUCUUCUGA